AUGGCCAGUUCUUUAAGAGGAGAAGUACUGAAUCUUUAUAAAAAUCUGCUGUAUCUUGGACGAGACUAUCCAAAAGGAGCAGACUAUUUUAAAAGGCGUCUGAAGAGUGUUUUCCUUAAAAACAAAGAUGUGAAGGACCCAGAGAAGAUCAAAGAACUUAUUGAACAAGGCCAAUUUGUAAUGAAAGAACUAGAAGCAUUAUACUUCCUUAAGAAAUAUAGAGCUAUGAAACAACGCUAUUACUCAGAUACCAACAAAACUAACUGAUCACUAUUACUAUAAUUUGAAAAUCAGUGCCAGCUGUUUAUGUAUACCAGCUACUACAAAAAUAAUUCUAAAAUGUCAAGGUAAUACAUUUUGUUAAAAAUACUUUACUGAACUAAAAUAGGUUUCCACUUCUGUUCAAACUGAGAGCUUUAUCAGCAACCUUUAUGCUCAAUUUUUAUACUAAAAUAGCAAUUUAACUAUAUGAUGCUGCCAACUACCAAUUAAAAAUUGAUGAGCCCCCAAUUUUGAAUGAAAAUAUAAUGUACUUAAUUUUUGCCAAUUCUUAGCCCAUCUCUGCAUUUUACUGAAAAAAGAAUGCCGUUUAAUGCACAUUUAAGUAAGCAAAAUAAUUUCUUGCAAGUUUAUUGCCCUUAACUUUUGAAGGAGUUCCUUAUUUUUGACCCCAUUUGGUACAUUAACAGCACAGAGUCAAGGUUCACUGCAAAAGAAUGAUUUAAGUGCAGUUAGUAGAAGUAAUAAGUAUAGAGUAAGAUUACUUCUGAACUCGAAACAGCCUGCCAGCAACUGGCAUCACAUAUAUAUACCUAUCUAAUUAUUUCCAUUAUUAAUUUUUGCCACUGGCUGCCUUUGGGCCUUAAAACAAAUCACCCGUUGUGUAUCAAUUACCUUCUUCAAUAAAAAGUAAUAAGUAAUGUUAUUCUAUUCUUUUGUCAUAAAGGCAGAUUUGUUUUGCAUCCACUUCUAAACGAGUUAACAUGGCACAGGACCUAAACCUAACGUGGUUUCAAGCAAACACUUAAACCUUUACAUAAUUUUCACAGCACCUUUCAUAAAGAAUAUAUCCAACUUACAAGCUGCAAAAAAAGAUUUACUAAUAUACUAUAGCGUCUGUGGCUUAUAAACUACCCCAUAUCAAUUAUGGGGCUAAUGUUUCAAAUUUCCAUCAAGAAGUACACACUACUGGGAAUUCCCUGGCGGUCCAGUGGUUAGGACUUGGCACUUUCACUGCUGUGGGCCCAGGUUUGAUCCCUGGUCGGGGAACUAAGAUCCAAAAGCUGUGCGGCACGGCCAAAAAAAAAAUAAAUAAAUAAUUAAAAAUUAAAAAAAAGAGUACAAACUAUGAUAGUCACCAUAACUAUUUUUAUUACAUUACAAUAAUUAGGAGCAGUACAGUUCAUGACAAAAAUAUUACAAAUUUCAGAUCACUUCACAGCACAUACUCCUAUAAACAUUUAAAAGUUAAUUUUAAUUAAGAGUGGUCAUUUUUAAAUUUAAUGUUUGAUAUGACCAACAUUCCUAGGUCAGCGCAACCAAACGAUGGAAAACAACUGGAUCACACUGCAUAUGUCCCACAAAAAAAAAAAGCACAAUGUACAAAAUGUGCAUGUUUCAGUUUACACUAUACAAAAAUAGUUAAAAUACAUUCCAGGUAAACAUGUUACAUUAAGAAAUAGUACUAGUAAGAAAUUGGCACUCAAAGGAAAAAUGCAAAAGUAUUUUCAACAGGAAAACACAAGACAGUGGAAUUGGAAAUUUUUGUAUAAAACAUUACAUAACCCAUUUAGCUCUCUAUAGGGAAGGGGACCUUCUGUAAUUGACACUUCUGUAGGUAAUAACUUUGUUUUUCCUAAAUUCAUCUAAAAAUUGCCUAUUAUCAUCCCAAACAGGCACUUAAAACUAUUAAACUAAAACAAGUGUUACUAGUUACAACUCUUUUUAAAGAACUGAUAUGAAUGUAUCUUUAGAAAGAAAGAAAUUUCAUUUUCUGAAGGAAUUUACAGCUGUUCAAUUUAUGCUGUUCAAUUUCUCAAUGCAGAUUUCAUGCUACCCAAUAUCAACACCAAAGUUAUUAAAUAUAAGUUCAGCUUUAAAAUAACUAAUGGGUUGUUAAAAAUCAUUAAUACAUAAUCAUCAAGAAAUUAUUACUUUUUGGCAAAUGGAAAUGGCAGAUAAUUCUUACUGCCUACAAAAAAACCUAAAUGUGUAUAUAUUGUUUAGAAAAAAUGGAUAGAAGAAAAAAAAAUCACUGGAAUACAAAUGAGAUGAACUUGUGCAAACUGCAACUUAACAUGCCUCACAAAGUUUCUACAUAUUUUAGGACAAAAUUGUGCAAUGGUGGCUAAGAUUUUGAUAACCUAUAAAAGUUAGGUUCUAAUUCCUAUGCAGUGUGACUCAGUUAAAAUGGAACCUAGAAUUCCUAAUUGGAGAUAUUCACUCGAAUUUUACUACAUACUUCUGCUACAUUUUUCCAUAAACAUGUUAAUGUCUAAACCUAUGUAAUUUAGCAAUUUUUUUCAACUUCAACAAGGAUUUUUAUCUUUAAGGCUAUAAUAAUUAGAUAACAUUUGUUAUUUCUAGGAUUAUCUCUCCCCUUUUAAAAUCUCUACAAAAACAUUUUAUUAAACCAUUCAAAAUUCACAUAAUAAAGGAUAAUUACCACUGCCAUAAAAAAAUUGCCCAGCUACAUCAAAAAUUCAAGAGUCCUAAAAAUCCCCUCAGUUAUACACUGCAAUUCCUGAAGUAUGGCCAUUUCUUUCUCUUGUGUGGAAACAAGAGGAGGUACUAUAUAAGUGUAAACACCCUAACUAGAUAAUGUUCCAUAAACUUGUAGUUUAGUACAGCAUCUCAGAAAUCAUAUUGAUUUUUACAUAGAAGUUUCCUUUUCUGUGAAUUAGGUCUGGCAUCUGUUUAUUUUUACCCAGAUAAACAACUAUUUUAGAAUUCAAUGUUUAAUUUUUAAAGUCUAUUUUAAUUACUUAUACAAAGAGACCAUACUAAACACAAGGGAAUUUUAACAUUAUCUGACAUACAAUUUAAUUGGUACUAUAAUUGUCCCAAUAGAAUCACAUCAUUAUGUCAAAUAAAAAACAAUAUUCAAAUUUUACUCCUUUAAAACAACGAAGUAAACUAAUUUAAUUUUAAAAAGUAGCUUGAUUAAACAGUUACAUUGGAAUCAGAGCAAAACAAUUAUUUCAGAACUGGAAGAAACUUAGCUUAGAGACCAAAUCACUUCUUUGCAAAACUACAAUAUGCAUUAUAUCUGGGUCAUGUACCAGAUGCCUCACUAAAAUAUAGACUGCUCUAGAAUAUAAGCACUACCUAAGGACAGGGAUUAUGUCCCUUGUCUGAGGAUACUCUAAUAUCCCCAGUGCCUUGUGUAGUGCCUGGCAUCUAGAAGGCACUCAAAUAUUUGUUGAAUAAAUGAAUUCUGCUAAAGAGUAAGAUUUAUGAAUAAAUUUUAAAGUAUCUUUCAUUGCAAAAUUUUAGCUUUUAAAACAAUGGAAUGUAUCAUUAGCAGGGCUAGUCCUCGUUGUAGAUUACAUAAGGAAUUCUUUCAGCACUACCUUUGUUAAAUUCUCAUUCCACUGGAUAGGGAUCUGACUCCUCAUAGCAGGUAUGAAAAUUCCUACUUUGUCCCUGAUGGACCAGGCAGCAAAGAGAUGAUGUUCAAAGGAUCAAGAUUAAAUUGCUACAGCCACCACCUGAAAAUUAACUCUUAGGUCAAAUUCCAUUAUAGCAUCUGUUGGAUUAUGCUGAGCCUGAGGAAGUAAGAUGUAGGGCAUUUUGAUGUGACUUGAUGGGAAGCCUUCAUGGAGAUAUCCAAAGCAGCAAUAAAUCUUUGAGGUUAGGGGAAUGAGAAGUAUUAAAAGAAAAAACAUCAAGUCAUGGGGCAUGUAGAAGGGUAGGCAGGCAAGAUGACACUAAUAUGGGAGAAGUCCUGAAAGCGGAGAAUGGAUAUUCAGAAAUAAACUUCACCUCUUGCACAAUUUUGCCUAAGACUGGCACUGAAGAUGAUAACACAGGUAAAAAGUUACAGAUUGUGCUGAGACUGACAAAUAGGUAUAUCCUUAUGUAAACUGAAUGUAAAUCACAUAGUUAUAAUGCUAGAUACAGCCUUUGAGAUGACUUCUUUUAACAUGAAGAAAUGGAUAGUAAGUGAUUUGCCUAAAAUUGGAGUUAUGAAAGACACAUAACUAGAAACUAAGUCACCUUCCUCCUUGUCCAGUGAUAUUUUCACCUCAACACACCAUCUCAGUUCAAAUAUUUUAAAAUAAGUUAACGUUUUAAAUGCAUUGAAAGAAUCAUUUUAACAUUAAUUUAUCUAUUUUAUAAGCAUUAGAUAUUCUUAAUUAUGGACCAGACUUGUAAAGUGUUACUUUAGCCAGUGUUAAGAGAACUAGCCAAUACUCAAGAUUUUGAAACUUAUUCAUUUUGUUUUAAAAAAAUUAAAAUCUUGCCACCCCACCCUAAAACCUCAUUUAAAAAUAAUGUUUUUUUAAAGUUUCGUUUCGUUUUAACAAAAGUGACGUUCCUGAGUAGGACUACCACAUAGUGAGAAUGUACCCUGCUGAGCUAUCCAAACUCUCUCCCAGUCCCCAUUUUUGACCAGCCAAGGCAUGACAACAUUGGAAGACCAUAGGGAUGCAGUCCAUACUGUGAAACUCUCAGUGAAGCUCAAAGCUCACACAAGGCCUGGCCUUUCCACCUUGGUCUCCGUAACACCUACUAAGCUAACUGGACCAAAUAAUUUUUAACAUCAUUACCAGUAGAAUUAAAACUACUUUCAAAGACUGAAGUUCAAGAAAAGAUUUAUGCUAAGAAAGAGCAGUCUGACACGGGGAGACUAUAUUUAAUUCCUAUGAGAAUUUUUGUAAUUCAAUACAUGUUAAAUUUUUUUCAAUUAUUACAAAAGUUUAGUAGCAUGUAAAUAUAGCCCCAAAAUGGUUGUUUAUAAUCCUCAUUACAUUCUGGGUUUGCCUUAACAGGAAAAGCUAUUCAGAGUAUUAUAGGAAUUCACCUAAUGUAGAAAGUAAAUGGCCUUUUAAUAUUCCAUUGCCUUGUAUUUUUUUCAAUUUUUUCCCUUUUUAUAGAAAAAAUAUAAUAUUUGGGGGAACGUGACCAUUGACAAAUAGCAGUGGAAAGAAGGAGAAAACCUUUGUGAACAGUGUACCUUUACAUUCUUUAAGGGUAACUGAAACUACAGGACAUGAAACCUACAAGAUGAAUCUACAGGAAGCUCAUAAAUUUGUGUUCCCUCAAUGCUUCAGUAAAACCAAUCGUGAAAUCUCAACUGAAGUUAUAAUUAGUAAUUAAUCCAUGUAUAUGAUUGAUAAAACACAGAAUAGGGAUGAUUUGAAAGGCUCAUUAAUUUGUUUCACACUCAAGUUCACAAUUGGUAAGAAAAAUAGGAAGUAAUCAACUGCAUGCAC